AUGACCACUGAUUCUUUGGCUUUAGACCAUGUUCUAGGGGACGUAGUGGAGCCAUUUCGUAGGACGGUUUCUCUUAGGAUCUUCUACAGUAACAGGACAAUGGUUAAUGGCAUGGACCUUCGACCGUCGGCCGUCGCGAUCAAACCUAGGGUUGAGAUCGGCGGCGCCGGCUUCCGAGUGUCUUACACACUAGUGAUGGUGGAUCCUGAUGCCCCGAACCCCAGCAGUCCCACACUGAGGGAGUACUUGCACUGGAUGGUGACUGAUAUUCCCGCAACAACAGAUGCAAGCUUUGGCCGGGAGAUUGUGCGCUACGAGAGCCCACAGCCGGCGAUGGGGAUCCACAGGCUCGCAUUCGUGCUCUACCAGCAGCGCAGUCGCCAGAUGGCUUUCGUCCCUCUGAUGCGCGAAAACUUCUGCACGAGCAACUUCGCACACCAGCAUAACUUGGGCUCGCCUGUCGCGGCUGCGUACUUCAACUGCCAGAGGGAGUCGGGCUCCGGCGGUAGGAGGUUUCGGCAAGCGAAGUAAGCAACGAGUAAGCGUGAGAUAGAGUGGAAAAUAUUUCGUCUACUUAACGUACGAAUUUCUAUACGUAUGGUGAGAAGAGGAUGCGUACGUAGUAAGGUCAUUAUUAUAAGCAAAAUAUGUACUGUUUUUAUAUAUGUUUGAUGAGAUCCAUGAUCUGUUCCAUUAGAGGAGCAUUUUAUAUAUGUUUUUAUACAUGUAUUAGUUACCGUUGGUGGCCAUGACGAUGUGACGAAGCGUGUAAUUAUUAUGAUGAUUUAUAUUUGGCU